CAAAAAAAAAAAAAUCCCAGGGAGUUUGGUACGAAAUCAUCAUUUUGAAUGUUUACACAUCGAAAACGUGACGUAGUACCUACGUCAUCAAUCAAAUAGUUAUUUCACCUUGUGAGCCCACAACAAUCUGCCUACCACAACGAGAUAUCACCGAUUACAACAUGUCCUUGGUUAACAGACCCAACAACGUUAUCGCCAGCCAGCGUUUCUUCCAGGCCCCAUCCAACACCUUGCUCUACCUUCGUGGUCCUAGAGACAAGUUCAUUGUCUACUCCACCUUCCUCGUUUUGGGAACUGGUGUCGUUGGCUCCCUCUGGGGUGCUAUCAAGAUGGCCAGAGGUCAGAAAUAAGCAGCACUAGAGAAAAUCAUUGUAAUCAAAUAUGUCCUUCAAAGAAUGCAUUGUUAACAAAGCUUAGAUAAUCGCAAUGUUCAAUGAAAGUUUUUUU